AUGGGCUUCAAAACUGCAUUGGCAGUGGAGGUGCCGUUGAUGGUUUUGGCUCUGAGCACUGUCAUCCUGAGAGUGUACUCGAGGCUAGCGAUCAAGAGGAAAAUAGCACCUGAUGACAUUCUUAUCAUGCUAGGUACGGCCGCGGCUUUCGCACGUACCGUCAUAUCUUGUAUGAGCGCAGAUGACAAUUGGGGUUAUGAUAGAAAAGGCCCUGAUAGAACUUCGGAAAUCCCAUUCUAUCAACAUAUAUUCGAGCGCCGUGUUGCGUACAUCUUCGCUGUCACAUUUACACGUUUCUCGGUUUUGGCGUACUACCUUCGAAUCUUUCCACUAGGAAUGGUAUCACUCCGAAGAUGCUGUUACGUCCUCCUCAUUCUGGCUCUUGCGCACUUUGUUGAAGUCCUCACCGUCCUCAUAGUCUUGUGCGAAGACAUCAGCAAGUUAUGGACCAAGAACUGGCUCGAAUUCACCGGGUCACAAUGCUUCAGCUCCGCCAUAUACAGCUACUCUGCGGCCAUCGGCGAUAGUAUCGUAGACAGCAUGAUAUUCGCAUUGCCGAUCCCAUACGUAUGGCGGCUCUCCAAACUGAGGAUCCGACAACGACUUGGUCUUGUACUUAUUUUUGGCCUGGGAUUCAUCGUUUGUGUUGUUGCACUUCUCCAGAUUCCGUUUAUAAAGCGACGAGAAGACAACGUGCAGUAUUUCGGCAGUGCUGUCAACAUUUUGAUCGCUAUCCAAAUCUCGUUUGCCAUAAUUGCAGCGUCGCUGCCGGAUCUACGCGCGUUGAUUGCACGCAGCUUCUCGAAAUUCUCGCCACUUCAUCACCGCAGUCUUGCCACAGCCUCUAGUGGUGAUAGGGAAGGACGCCCGGUCAGUUCACAUGAUGCUGAGCAAGGGUGUACACAUAUGGGAAUGGUUGGAGACCCUUCUGGAGCGAAGAGGGUGUUCAGAAAACCGGAUUGGCUGAGGAAUAGCAUACCUGCAAGUUUGAUGUCGACGAUGAUUACACACAACGAGGUCACCCGGCUUUCGACCGAAGAGGUCUCCAGUAGCCCUCAACGGCCAGAGAAAGCAGCAAGCUGA